GAUUCGAUAUCUUGACUGCAUGGGAACCACGAAGCAACACGUGGCCUCGGAGCUGCGACAGGAGGCUCAGCAGCUGGUGCAGGCGAAGAGUUGGAGCACAUCGCUGGUGGUUUGCGCGGAGGUGGCAGAAUGGCAGGACUUUCCUACCUUUGACCGCUGGGUGUCCAAUAGCCUGCAAGACUUAGAGGAGUUGGUAGGGCUGGUGGUCUUCCAUCCCAGAUUUGCCCGCUGGCCCUCGUUGCCGGCAGAGAUGGUGGAAGGUAGCCGAGUGAUGGCCUUCUACCAGGAAUGCGACGGACGGCGGAGCCGCCGUGCGCUGCCGGCGACAGUGGAGUCCUUGGACGAGACGCGGGUGGGGACGCGACGCGUCGGCGUGCGCUUUCUGGACGAUGGCGUGGUGCAGUGGGUGCCCAUUGAAUGGCUAAAAGACUUAGAUCCUGCACCAAAGGUUGACAAUGUGCUACACCAAGCGCCUCACCCGACCGUUCACUUGAUUCGCCGCGCGGACCUGGACGCCGUGAAAGCCUCCUACGACGACGUGGCCAAGCUCCUGGCGCGCAACGCGUCGUACCUGCGAAGCCUGGAGGACCUGGAGGACCUGGGAGCGCUGCGGUCGAAAAAAGGAACACCGUGGGAUGUCGACAUGGCUGGUUGGUGGAUGAUGACUAUAAUUAAUAAUAAUGGAUGA